AUGGACUCUUAUGAAUCUACACCUGUGACUGCCAGUCCUCUAACUGACACUGGCUUCCCCUUCCCAUCUCGUUCUCAAUCCUACCAAUCCCUCAACUCGUCUGCCUCUCGUCCCAGCACUCCUGCUACUGAGCAAGACGUACUUUUCAGUGGACCUCCCUCUCCAGUCGCCCGCACAGCCUCCCCUGAUGAGUACGUACUUGUCGUUGGAGGCCUUGGCUACAUUGGCAGCCACACUACCUGGGAGCUUCUCAAGGAUGCAAACAAUGUUGUCGUUAUCGAUAACCUGAGCAAUGCUUUCGUCAAUGUUCUUGACACUCUCAACGACAUGACAAAUAAGCGCUUCAACGCUAGCUCUCGUCGUCCAGACCUCCACUUUUACGAGGCUGAUUUCCGAGACAAUGCGAAGAUUCAGGAUAUCCUAUCUCUUUACUCAACUCCCUCUGGAUCCAAGAUCAAGCGAGUUAUCCAUUUUGCUGCCUACAAGUCCGUCUCUGAGAGCAUUGAGAAGCCACUCAAGUACUACGACAAUAACGUCGGCGGUCUCAUCCGAUUCUGCAGCACCUUGUCCGACUUUGGCAUCAAAUACCUUGUCUUCUCAUCAUCGGCCACUGUUUACGGCUCUCUCGCUGAUGCUGGAGGCCGUUUGGUGGAAGAGUCCUGUACCCACGCUACUACCGAAUGGCACGAUGCCAGCGGCCAGGCACGCACAACGCUUUCCGGGUGCACGGGACUGACUAACCCGUACGGGCGAACUAAAUGGAUCUGCGAAGCUAUCCUAGCCGAUUUGGCCGUGGCAGAUCCAGAGUGGACUGUUAUUGCGUUGAGGUAUUUUAACCCCAUCGGCUGUGAUGACUCGGGCCGCUUGGGAGAAGACCCACGUGUUGCACCCACCAAUCUCAUGCCUGUGCUUCUCAAGGUGAUGCUCGGUGAGAUGGAGCAGCUCCAAGUGUUUGGUACAGACUGGGAUACUCGGGACGGAACUGCCAUCCGCGACUUCAUCCAUGUCUCUGAUCUUGCCAGGGGUCACUUAGCUGCCUUGACUGUCAAGGAAAGCCAGGGCUUCCAGACUUUUAACAUUGGUACUGGUACUGGUCAUACUGUCUACGAAGUUGUUGACGCCAUCAAGGCCGCUUCAGGAAGAGAUAUCCCCAUGGCCAAGGUCGGUCGUCGAGAAGGUGACGUGGGAGUCUGUGUCGCUGAUCCCAGAAGGGCAAUGACUGAGUUGGGAUGGAAACCUCAGAAGACGCUACUUGACAGCUGCAGAGAUUUGUGUCGCUACUUGGAGGCGCACGGAACAAACAUCAGUGCGUAA